CCGUUAGGAAAUUAUCACCAAAUACGAUUUAAUAUGAUAUUCAUAAACUGGUGAUAAUUGUGGCCAUCAUUUAUUCUUUCUUACUUUUUUUCACCGCCAACAUCAAAUGCUCAAUCAAUGAUCGUUCACUAAAAUGGCAAAUCCUAAAAAACAACUCGAAUGCCAUGAAUAUGAUCAUAAACCAAAACAAAUAUCAACGAUUAAAAAUUUCUUUGCCGGUGGUUUUGGUGGUAUUUGUCUGGUGGCUGCUGGACAUCCAUUGGAUACGGUUAAAGUUCGUAUGCAAACAAUGUCAUUAACUUCGAAUGCACAGAUCGCAUCAACACCAUCAAUGACAAGCGCACAACAAAUACCACAUUAUUCGGGUACAUGGGAUUGUGUUCGAAAAAUUUUUACCGAUGAAGGUGUUCGAGGAUUUUACAAAGGAAUGGCCACACCAUUAGUCGGUGUAACGCCAUUAUAUUCGGUCUGUUUUUUCGGCUAUAGUUUGGGAAAAAAAUUACAAAAUCCAGUCGAUGGUUAUCAUCAUUCAGCUAUGCAAAUAUUCAAUGCCGGUAUGCUGUCUUCGGUGUUCACGAAUCUUAUCACAACACCGGGUGAACGAAUCAAAUGUUUAUUGCAAAUUCAACAAGCUAGCGGCAACAAACCACUUUUUAAUGGACCAAUCGAUUGUGCAUUCAAACUAUAUCGAGAUGGUGGUCUUCGAUCACUUUAUCGAGGUACUAUUGCAACUCUUUGUCGAGAUGUUCCUGCUGGUGGUGCCUAUUUUGUUACAUACGAACUACUUCAAAGACAUCUCAUCUUACAUCAUUCAACAAAUGAUCAACAUUCCAGUCAACAACAACAACAAGAACACGGACUUGGCGUAUGGCGAACAUUAUUUGCUGGUGGUAUGUCCGGUAUUGUUUUCUGGUGUUUUGCACUGCCAGCUGAUGUGAUAAAAUCUCGUUUACAAACAGCACCUACAAAUCUAUAUCCAAAUGGUAUGCGUGAUGUUAUUCGUGAGAUAAUUGCCAAAGAAGGUAUUGGUGGAUUUUAUCGUGGUGCAAUAGCCGUUUUUCUUCGUGCAUUUCCAGCCAAUGCAGCAUGUUUUUUUGGCUAUGAAAUAGCCAUGAAAGUGAUUGAUUUGAUUGCACCGGAUCUUUGAAACUUUUUUUUUUGUUUGUUAUUUGU